AUGUCUUCACUCAUUCACGAUAACAGCAUCAGUGACAUCGUCGUGCUUGAAGCUUUGUCUCGCUCUCUCGAUGAUCUACGGAGGGUUCAAAAACUUCUUCCCCUAUCGAAUCAAAUAAUGAUGUCGUCGUUCUUCCGCAAUUCCAAAUUCUUUUGCGUUCUCGAAGAUUCGUUAGGAUUUGUUGAUGCAGUUGUUCUUGAUGCAGAAGUCGUGAUGGUGAUGCUGAUGAAUGAUGAAGCCGCAAGCGGAAUGAUGAAGAGGAAGAAGUUCUCCUCGAAGAUUGAAGAGAAAAUCCAGAUUCAACCCAGUUCUUAUUGA